AUGAUGACAACGGCCAAAAGAGCACUGCAGUGGAUACAAUCGCAGCUAUCCUUUGAAGGAUGGCCUGUGGACUCGCAGUUUCGAAGUGAAAGUAGCCUUGGCAGGAUCGCCACCAUUGCAGGGCUUCUUGGUAUCUUCCUGGGAACACACAUUUGCCUUUUCAGUGUCUUGAUCCUUCACCGGUGCUUCUCACUGGUGCCUGUUCUAGAUGAAUUCUUUUCUCUGGAACAAAUUGACAUGAUGUGGCAAUGGAGUGGCUAUGUGGUGCUUCUGUGCUCCUUUCACUUGACGGAAUUUUUCGUCACGGCAAUCUACAACCCAACUGUGGUCACGGCAGAAUCGUUCCUGGUGAAUCAUUCCUUGGAUUAUACAGCCGCAUUCUUGCUCUCUGCAACAGAAUUCUGGACUCGAUUUUUCCUGUAUCCUUUCUUCAGCACCCCCGUUUUCAUUGUGGGUCUGGGGAUGGUGUUGUUUGGACAAGGAAUAAGGGCCAUUGCCAUGGCAACUUGUGGGGCAAGCUUCAAUCAUAAAAUCCAGACAUCGAAAAAGGAUACUCAUGUCCUGAUCACUCAUGGAAUCUACUCUUACUUUCGGCACCCAUCUUAUGUUGGCUUUUACUAUUGGGCUAUUGGUACACAAUUACUACUGAACAAUACACUUCACUCAUUUCUUUUUGCAGUGGCUUCUACCAUGUUCUUCCGCAAGAGAAUACCAUAUGAAGAAGAGUCACUGAUGAACUACUUCCCGGAUCAGUAUGCUUGCUAUGCAGCAACAACUUGGGUUGGUAUCCCUUUUAUACCUCCGUGUGACAAAUGCAAGAUAACAUAG